GGCGUGUCCAGGUGCGCCCGGCCACGCCCACACCUGCCGCCGCCAUCAUGGCCGCCGUCAUGGCCGCGCUCCUGGCGCUGCUGGCCCCUGUCACCCCCUUACAGGUGACAGUGACAGACCCCCGGACGGUGGCCCUGCUCUUCCAGCCUGUCCUGCUCCGGUGUCACUACCAGACGGUGGCCCCCGACCCCCCCAUUGUCACCUGGAAGUACAAGUCCUUCUGUCCCACCCCAUCAGGGGACAACAACGGGAUCGUCACCUCCCCUGGGGACAGCCCCGACGUCACCUCCCCCUGCCCGGAUGCCGCCCGCACCGUCCGCAUCGUGGCCACCAAGCAGGGUGGCGUUGUCACCCUCGGGGACUUCUACAGGGGACGCGGCGUCACCAUCUUGGGAGGGGCGGAGCUGAGCCUGGGCCCGGCGGCGUGGGGUGACAGCGGCAUCUACAUCUGCACCGUCACCUCCACCCAGGACCUGGAGGGCAACAACGAGGCCGUGGCUGAACUGGUCGUACUGGGGUCCCUAUCGGAGGCCACCGACCUCUUGCCGGGCGUCCAGCUGGGGACCCUGCCAGACUGGCUCUUCGUGGUGCUGGUGGCGCUGGGGGGGGGCGCUGGGGGCGCUGCUGCUGGGGCUGUGCUGGUGCCAGUGCUGCCCCCACACCUGCUGCUGCUACCUGCGCUGUCCCUGCUGUCCCCACCGCUGCUGCUGCCCCGAGGCCCUGUACCUGGCGGGGAAAGGCAGCGACCUCCGGAGCCAUGA